CGAUUUGAUAAUCCCAAAUAAGAAUUAUGAGGUUUGUUCAGUGAUCCCUAAGACAUCAACACCUGGAACUUAUGUUGUUGGUAAGAACACUACCUCCCUCACUCAACUCAAGUGCUUAUUCCACUAUCUCUUCAGUGCCUCAAAUUUCCACACAAUUUUCCGCUAUAUAAACCAAACAUUCACUAAUUGAAUUCAAACACACAACUAACAAACAAAAAAACACAAAUCUUGGUUCAUUUAAAAUCUCUCCAAGAAACAAAAUGGCAGCUUCCAUGAAAUUUCUCUGCAUUCUUGGUCUGAUUCUCCUCAUCGGAACAGUCGUUGACGGUGCAGGGGAGUGUGGUAGAUCUUCGCCAGACAAUGAGGCGAUGAAGCUGGCUCCAUGUGCUGGUGCAGCUCAGGACGCUAACUCCGCCGUGCCAGGAGGUUGCUGUACUCAGAUUAAGAGAUUUUCUCAAAACCCUAAAUGUCUCUGCGCCAUUCUUCUUUCCGACACGGCCAAAGCCUCCGGUGUCGAUCCUGAGGUUGCCCUUACCAUCCCUAAACGGUGCAAUUUCGCUAACCGUCCCGUCGGUUACAAGUGUGGAGCAUACACACUUCCAUAAAAUGUUGACGAUUAGAAGGAUGAAGGAGAUAACAUUGGGCCUUAUGUGGAAGCUUGGAGUUUACUACUACGUCUCCAUGUACCUUAUAAUAUAUGAAUAACGAUAAUGUUUAUAUGUGUAUCAGUGUGAUUGUUGUUAUUGAACCUAUAUCAAUAAAUAUAUAAAAAUGAUUCCACUCUACAUUUCAAAUUACAGAAA